AUGUCGGACUACCAGCUCUACCACGCCCUCGGCCAAGGUGGUCCCAAUGAUGAUCCUUCAAACCCAAACCCAAGCGGACAGCCUGUCCCACCCCAAUUCCAACAGCCUGGCGGUCCAGCGCCGUAUCAACAGACUGGCGCAAACUACAACCACAACCCCCAGGGGCAGCCUCAGCAAUAUGGCAAUCCCCAGAUGGGGCAGCCCGCACCAUACCAAGGACAGCACGACCAGGGCUAUGCUACAAAUCCAAAUCAGAGCGGCGUGUCACAGGAUCCAGGGCUAGCAUCGCAGAUGGGCGGUUUGGGACUGGGUGAAGCAGCUUCACAUGGGAGGAAGAAGAAAAAGGACAGACAUGCAUAUCACACCGUUGAAGCUCCCGGGGGGUCUUCAGCAGCUUUCAAUGGCAUGCCCCAGGGAGCUGUUCCAGCUUCGGCAUACUUGAAUGCGGAUCCGUCGGCGAUGCCAUCAGCGCCCGGUGGCCAGUUCAUGAACCAGCCCGUCACUCCACAGAUGUCACAGUUCCCAGCUGCAGCAAACGCCCCUUUUAAUCCUGCAAACCCAACUUCUCCGGUAGAGUUUGCUUCCAGGAAUGGCACCGCGGAUCAGGCAUUUGGUGCAAGCGUCCAGACCUCGGCGCAAGGGAGAGUUGACCCUGAUCAAAUACCUAGUGUACCGAGAUCGAGAGAUGCUAUUUCGCAAUACUACCUCAGCAAUGUGUACCCAACGUUCGAACACCAUCUUCCUCCUCCAGCUUCUGUUGCUUUCGUUGCCUUUGAUCAAGGCAAUUCCUCUCCGAAAUUCACCAGACUUACGAUGAACAAUAUCCCGUCAACAUCAGACGCCCUCCAAUCAACCGGACUGCCUCUAGGCCUCCUUUUACAACCUCUAGCUCCUUUACAGGCAGGAGAGCUCGAGAUUCCCGUUUUGGACUUUGGUGACGUUGGACCGCCAAGAUGCCACCGGUGCCGAGCGUAUAUCAAUCCGUUCAUGGUUUUCAGGUCUGGAGGAAACAAAUUCGUUUGCAACAUGUGCAAUUAUGCGAAUGAUGUUCCGCCUGAAUACUUCUGUGCAAUAACACCCCAAGGCGCCCGUGUUGACAGAGAGCAACGGCCGGAGUUGAUGCGGGGAACGGUGGAAUUUUUGGUCCCGAAAGAAUACUGGUCCAAAGAGCCUGUUGGAAUAAGAUGGCUGUUUUUGAUUGAUGUUGGCCAGGAAGCCUUUAACAAGGGCUUCCUAGAAGCGUUCUGCGAAGGGGUCAUGGUCGCUUUGUAUGGCAAGGAUGGCUCAGAAGAUGAACGCAAGAUCCCAGAGGGGGCAAAAGUUGGUUUCGUGACAUUUGAUAAGGAUAUUCAUUUCUACAACAUGAACCCCGCUCUCGACCAGGCACAGAUGUUAAUUAUGCCUGAUAUCGAGGAUCCUUUCCUGCCCCUCAGCGAUGGCCUUUUUGUAGACCCUUACGAGGCAAAGUCAAAUAUUACUUCAUUACUUACCCAGCUUCCUGCGUUAUUUUCACAGGUCAAGAACCCAGAGCCUGCGCUACUGCCCACCUUGACUGCUGCGUUGGCAGCGCUGGAGAAGACUGGCGGGAAGAUUGUAUGUUCUUUAUCGGCUCUACCAACAUGGGGCCCCGGCCGACUGUUCCUUCGCGAUGAUGGCAAGCAACAUGGAGAUGCCGAAAAGAAACUCUUUACCACCGAACAUCCUGGCUGGAGAAAGGUGGCAGACAAAAUGGUCGCUGCUGGCGUAGGCGUAGAUUUUUUCCUCGCUGCUCCAGGCGGAGGAUAUCUUGAUAUUGCCACGAUAGGUCAUGUUUCAGCGUCAACUGGUGGAGAAACCUUUUAUUAUCCUAAUUUUGUCGCUCCGCGCGACUCAGCAAAGCUAUCUCAGGAGAUAAUGCACACAGUUACCCGAGAGACCGGGUACCAAGCGCUAAUGAAAGUUCGAUGCUCCAACGGCUUGCAAAUAUCUUCCUAUCACGGUAACUUUAUACAGCACACUUUCGGUGCGGACAUUGAGUUCGGCGUCGUCGAUGCGGAUAAAGCUAUGGGUGCUAUGUUCAGCUAUGAUGGUAAACUUGAUGCUAAGCUUGAUGCUCACUUCCAAAGUGCUUUGCUAUAUACAACGGCAAGCGGCCAGCGCAGGGUCAGAUGCUCUAAUGUCAUUGCUAGCGUUAGCGACAAUGCCAAGGAUUGCAUGAAAUUCGUCGAUCAGGAUGCCGUAUAUGCCUUGAUUGCAAAGGAAGCUGCAUCUAAGAUGACAUCCAACUCUCUGAAGGACAUUCGAGGUGCGCUCACGGAAAAGAACGUUGAUAUUCUAGCCGGUUACCGGAAGAAUUUCUCAGGCUCGCAUCCACCCGGUCAACUUGUCCUUCCCGAAAACCUCAAGGAGUUCAGCAUGUAUAUUCUUGGACUUAUCAAGUCUCGGGCUUUCAAGGGAGGACAAGAGCCCACGGAUCGCCGAGUACACGACAUGCGGAUGAUCAAAAGCAUGGGAGCUCUUGAGUUAUCCCUUUAUCUCUAUCCUCGCAUGAUUCCAAUCCACAACCUCCUGCCAGAAGAUGGAUUUCCGGAUCCCGAGUCAGGUCACCUUCGCAUGCCUCCUUCAAUUCGAGAUUCGUUCUCGCGGGUAGAGGAAGGCGGUGUCUAUCUCAUCGACAACGGACAAAACUGCUAUCUCUGGAUGCAUGCCCAAACGUCUCCAAAUCUCAUUGUGGAUCUAUUUGGCGAGGACAAGGAUACUCUGAAAUCGCUAGACCCAUUCAGCUCGUCGUUACCUGUUUUGCAAACACAUCUCAGCGCACAAGUUCGGAAUAUCCUUGAGUACUUGAAGACGAUGCGUGGCUCCAAAGCCUUGACGAUCCAACUCGCGAGGCAAGGCCUUGAUGGUGCUGAAUAUGAAUUCGCGCGACUAUUAGUUGAAGACCGGAACAACGAAGCACAGAGUUAUGUUGAUUGGUUGGUGCAUAUCCACCGCCACGUUCAAUUAGAGUUGACGGGCCAGAGGAAGAAAGAGGAUAGCGGGGAUAAUUCCAUAGCGUCAAAUUUCGCUGGACUUCGGCCUCCAUACUGGUAG